AUGGCUGUCCCUGACAUCACCCUGCUCACCAGCUCAGGUGUCUCACACAGCACCUGGGAGCCUGGGAAUGGUCUCAGUUUCAGUGGAGCAGAUCCUUCCCACCUGGAUCUUUGCUGCAUCAACUUCAAGGUGGCCAAUCUGAGCUGCUGCAACCUGGCCCGUGCCAACCUGUGCUGUGCCAGCCUGGAGAGGGCUGACCUGUCAGGCUCUGUGCUGGAUGGAAGAGCUGCUGCAUGUGCCAACCUGCCAGGGGUGAAGAUGCUGUACUCCAACGCAGAGGGAGCGUUCCUGAAAGGCUGCAACUCUGAGAACCCCUCAGACCUUCAAGCUAAUCUGGAAGGUGCCAACCUGAAAGGAGUGGCCAUGGAGGGCAGUCAGAUGACAGGAAUUAACCUCCGAGUUGCAACACUGAGAAACACCAAACUAAAGAACUGUAACCUCAGGGGAGCAACGUUGGCAGGAACUGAUUUGGAAAAUUGUGACCUAUCAGGUUGUGACCUCCAGGAAGCCAAUUUGAGGGGCUCUGAUGUGAAAGGAGCCAUCUUUGAAGAGAUGCUGACCCUGCACAUGUCCCAGCGCGUCAGAUAGGGAAGAGAACACGUCAAAGAGGAAGGAAUCCAAACAUUUGUUGUGACUUUCUUCACCUCCUCCCCUUCCUGAGUUAGAAGGAAUGAUUUUUAGACAACUUCCAUUUGCAGUAGUGCCUAA